AUGGAAGAAACCAAAGAGACAGAGCAAAUCUAUGUCUACCAUGGGGAAGCUUGUGUUCCGGCCGAUGUCACCCACGUUCAGGUGCAUCCAUCGGUAGUUGAAAUCGUCGCCAAGGCCUUUCGAAAUUGUAAAUACUUGCGAGAGAUCUACUUUCCAGAAGGUGUCAAGAUUAUUGGACUAGGCGCAUUUGAGUCAUGUAUAUCACUACAAACAGUGCAACUUUCAUCUACGAUUACAGAAAUUCGAGAUCAGGCAUUCCUCAAGUGCUUUGCGCUGCAAUUUGUUGGGUUCUCAGAGAAUCUUGUGUUGAUUGGCGAUGAAGCUUUUGCUCUUUGCGAGUCGCUCAAGAGCGUGGAUAUUCCUUCUACAACAGAGACGAUCGGGGAUAAUGCCUUUAUGAGCUGUGAAGAUUUGGUGUCUGUUGGCCUUCGCGAAGGUCUCAAGAGAAUUGGUGAAGAUGCCUUUUGUGGCUGCAUGUCGUUGCGGAAUAUCCGAGUUCCAUCCACUGUGGAUGAAAUUCGAGAUGGCUGCUUUUCCGCUUGCCAGUCUCUAAUAUCGGUAGAACUACAUUGGCGAAUGCGGAAGAUUCACGACCAUGCAUUCGAUGGGUGCUCCAAGCUGAAGAAUGUUGCCUUGGCCUCGUCUGUGGAAGAGAUCGGGAAGGAUGCCUUCGCAAACUGUAAAUUACUGCAAUCGCAGUAUGGUGAAUCGAUAAUCGAAGGCUUAGCGUCGCGGUUUGAAAGCAAACCGAUUCAUGAGCUGUGCUACUACCAAUCCUACUUUCCAACUCAAGAUCUGAUGGAAGCUUUAAAGACAGCCUUUGCGAGUUUUGACAGGGAUGGGCAACAACUGGACCUGUCAUCAACUGACAAUGGUACGGGAAUGACUCCACUAGCCAUCCUGUCCAUGUCGACAUUUCCCAAUUUUUCGUUCGCAAAGGGCCUGAUAUCCGUGCACACUGUUGAGCAGCUCACAGCCAAGGACGAGACUGAGCACACCAUUGCUGACUAUCUAUGCACGAAUGAUACACCUACUUCGAAAAAGCUUGUCAUUUUUACAGUAGAGCAAAUAGUCAAGAAAAGAGUGAAUGCGUUGUGCUUGGAUCGUUGGAAAAAGCAAAUACGAGAUGCCUUGUACAAGCUUCCGUCUGGAUGGAAUCCGGAUGUAAGGCAAAAACACAUCAACGAGAUUUACACCCUGCUGAAUGAUCGAGAACUAUUGGAAAGUGUUUGA